AUGGGCUACGGUCUCGGCAAUUUGUUCCGUAGUCUUGCCAGAGUCGUUACGCCCUUGGUAAAAAAAGGGGCAAAAACUCUCGGAAAAAUUGUGGCAACAACAGGUGCCGAUCUUUUGGGAGACGUUGCAGCCGGAAAGAACGUAAAGGAGGCCGCAAGAGUGGGCGGUCUAGAGGCACUUGGUGCUGCAAAAACAAAGGCCUUGGAACACAUAUGGGCAAGAAAACAGCCGAAGGAACAAUCAGGCCGUGGAAGACGCUCCCGGGGUGGUAAACGGUCGAGAAGUAGAUCUAAAAACACCAAACGAUCCAGGAACCGGAAACCGAGUAUCAAACGAUCCAGAAGCAAAAAACGGGCAGUUAAAAAGAGAAAGCCAUCGAGAUCGACAACCAGAAGCAGGUCGGCUAAGAAACGAAAAACAUCUCCUCAAGACAUAUUUGGAUAA